AUGUCGUCUCGUCAUGGAUCACCUGCACCUGGGAAGGCCGGUCGUCUGGCUCGCUCGAGGGCAGCGUGUGAGGCGUGCCAUCGAGUCAAACAGUCCGUCGUCUGCCGCCUGCGCAGUCCAUGUCGCACCGAACUGACCCAGAUCACCUCGCUCACAGACGAUGCGACGGCCCUUCGAUCUGUCCCUGUCAUCGAUGUAAAACGUGCGUCCGAUAUGGGCUGCGCCGUGCUGCGAGCGCCACCCCUGACGACGGCUGAGGGUCGGGUCCGUUCGCAGGUGGGGCAUCGAAUGCAUAUUCCCUUCCUCCGCAGGGCCCGUACCUUCCCAGCCGCCACCCGCACAGGCCAAAGCCUCGAAACAUACCGCAACCGGCACGGGCAAGAUCAAGGGCAAAGGCAAGGCCGUGGCCACGCCGACAAGUGUGGCCCACCCGAGGCGUUCGUCGACGGCUUCCGACGCGGCGGCAGCUGCCCCACCACCUCCUCCUCUUGGCGGUACUGCCGCAUCGGCUGCGUCGGCCGCUCCUUCAGCUAUGGCGUCGAUCACCCCGAUCGAGUUGACCCAACAGUGAGUGAGGUGGCUUCGUCGGUGUCCUUCGUCCGGGAAGUGACGCCUCCCCCGCCACUCCCAGACUCCGAGCGAUGGCCGCCCGCCUCGAGUCCAUCGAAGGUGCCUUGGCCCGAGCCGAGGUCUCCUUCCCGGCCUCUUCUUCAAGCCAUUCGCACCAUCUCUCGAACCAUCGACCUUCGCACUCGCAUUCCGGCCAGACCGUGUCGGACGAAACGCCGCUCAGUGGCCCCUACGCCCACGAGCAGCACCAACACCAGCCCAACACCUCCAACCCGGUCGAAGCGACGGGCGAAGCGAUCGAGGCCAUGGCGGUCGAAGGCUUGGUCGGUCUAUCGGAUUCGCACCAACAAAGCAGGUCUAGAGCAACUUCGAAUGGGAUCGACAACGCCUCGGCAGCGAACCCGGAGGUGUGGGAUCCGUCUCGACCGGAUGUGCUCAGUCGGACACUGAUGACUGUCGAGGAUUGCGAGAGUGCUUUCGACGUGCAAGUGAACUCGACGAUGGCGAGAUGCAUUCGACGGUAUACUAAUGUGCCGCGAGGCUUCGUCGUUUGCAGAUAUUUUGAUAAUUUGCAACCUUGGGUCCUCUCCCUGUCCUCGACCUUGGACCGCAACCCACUCACCGUGCGCACCCGAUCGCCGCUGCUUUUCCACUCGAUCCUCCUCAUCUCCAUCUACUACCGGGAACGAACGACCGAGAACCUGGCGCUCUACGAGGCCAUCUCGGCCAUCAUCGACUCGAUACUCGCGCCCAACAUCUUGUGCCCCCAACCGGAUCAGCUCUCGUCCGACUUUAUUCGCUCGAUCCAUCUUCUGACCCUGUACAAACCCCUGCCCAUCGCUACUUUCCGCGCUCGGGGGAUUAAAGACUUGGCGGCGAUCGAACACGCCUCCAAGAUGAACGUACGCGCGUCAUGGCUUUUGCGACUCAUCGCAUCCCGAGUCGCAAUGUUCAUCGGGCUACCCUCGAUCACGACGACGUUCGCACGAGCCUUCGCGAACCAGCACGAGGCGCCGAUUCCUCAAUCCAUCAUCAGCGAGCAACGGCUCUACUUUGGCUGUGUAUUUCACGAGGCCCAUGGAGCUCUCCAAUCGGGCAAACCCAGCAACUUCGUCCCCCAAGAUGCCCUCAAAUCGACGCGCCUCUUCGCCUCCCUCAAGAAUCAACCCGAGGACGUUCGGCUCGCGGCUUCUGUCGAAUUGGCAGCGACGGCAGCUUCGGUCCUAGCAACCAGGAAAGAAGGGGAUUAUUUCGACCGCGAGGAUCUGCAUCGAUUCGAGGAUGAGAUGUCGCAGUGGACGGAAUACUGGCAACCGAUCCUAGCAGCGAACGAACAACGUGACCGACUCGCUUGGACCGCGGCGAUCCCUUAUCAAGCCUUCAUCAGAGUCGUUGUGCAUGGCUAUUCGUUCGCAAGAUGGAAAGUUCACAAAACGGAAUUACAAGCGAGCCUUCAACCCGCACCCUUGUUGACGGAGCAUGAGCACGAAUCACUCGACGCUGCCGUAGAAGCGAGUGCGGCGAUCUUGCUGGCCGUUUCGGUCGAAGGGAAGAGGAUUGUGCCGGGGAAGGGGAUCGAGACGAGUUGGGAGAACGUCAAGGGGAUUCUGACGGUCGAUCCGAACGUCGCGGAUAAGGUGCGGUGGGCUUCGGAUAGCUUGACUUGUGUGGUGAGUCGGCAAUCAAAGGUCAUGGACGUGCAAUCUGUGCUCACAGCUGACGUUCAAAUCGGUCCACUUUGCAGUUAUUCUCGUACCCCUUAAUUUUCCUCGCCAAGUUGGCCAACGAAGGCUUGCUCCUGUCAAGCUUCUCCGUACUCGCCGCCUCGACGCAGCCGAUCCCUCUGGCACCGCUCUCCCCCUCGGACAAACUCUGCCUCCUCCUCCAACUCGGAGCGAACUUCCUUCACACGAUCGCCCCUCACUCAAGUCACCCAGCAAUCAAACAAGCCGCUUUCCUGCGCAAGAUUCACGAAGCCGGAAUCUCGGGCCGCAAACAGACCCUCUCCGUUCCCACAAGCCCCAAACUCAGCGCGACCAGCUCCAUCCCCGUCCCAAUGACGACGAACCUCUCCCUCUCCGAACACAGCUCCCUCACCCAAACACCCUCGAACCUCCUCCCCCUCUCCAACGGGUCCUACCACGACUUCCUCUCAACAACCUGGAACCCCUCCCCCAUCGGUUCCCCCCGGAACGUCGACCAUGUCAUGGAAGACCCCUUUGGCGCUUUAUUGAGUGGCGUCGAGCCGGGUAUGAUGUUCGCUUCGGGGCAGAGGGAUUUGUUCGGGUUCGAGACGGGUUUCACCAGUGCAGACUGGGACGGGUUGGAUGCUGGAGCUGCGGCCGGUGCACAGAACGGGGGUGGUGCGAAUGGUAGGAUGUUCAAGGGGGGGUUUUAA